AUGAAAUUAGAGAAAAUACCAAUUCUACCCCUUCAAGAAUCGGGGUCUACAUCAACAAUUAACUCAACAGAAGGGCAAAAUUUGGAACUUUUAAACGAGUUGAAGAUAGCAAAAGCUGAAAGUGAAAGUCUUGUUAGAAAGAUGGAACAAAUGGAGUGUUACUAUGAAGCACUUGUGCAAGAUCUUGAAGAAAACCAAAAAAAUAUUCUUAGAGAGUUUCAAAGCCUAAAAAACGAACACUCAACAUGUGCAUGCUCAAUAAAUGAUCAGAUGUUAAGAUUUGAUGAAGAAAGACGUGAAUUGAGUUCCAUUAAUAAGGAGUUACAAAAAAGAGCUACAACUUCAGAAUCAGCUCUGAAAAGGGCUCGAUUGAAUUACUCAAUUGCAGUGAGUCAACUCCAAAAAGAUCUUGACAUGUUGUCUUUUCAAGUUUUGUCCAUGUUUGAAACCAAUCAGACUGUGAUUAAAGAAGCUUUCUCAUAUUCAUCUCAAGGGCAUGAAGAUUUAGUUGAUGAUGAUCACCGGAGUAAGAAUCUUUCAGGUGGUGGUGAUGUGCUUUCCGGUGACCUGAAAAAAUAUUUAAGCUUGCAAGAAAAUAUAUACAAGAAAGUGGAAGAAGAUCUUGGUGAAAUGUGCUCUACAAAUUUGUACUUAGAUAUGUACUCAGGGGCACUUUCGGGAACAUUAAUGGAAGCAGUUAGUGACGACAGAACUUCUUGUUGGAUUUAUGUUGCUUCCGGGUGCCAUAUCUACAGAAUUCUGGUCUCUUUGGCAGAUUCUUUAGUGGAUAAAGGAAAGGAUAUCCUCCUUAUACCUGAACAAACUCAGGUUGUGGACUCUGCUAUAGUGAAUCGCUGCGGCUCUGACUGCUUAAUAUUGAGAAGUGUUGGUUAUGGGUACACUAAAGGAGGUAGUGUUUCGUAUGUUCUGCUGACACUGAGCAGUUGUUUUCUUGUGGUUUCAUGGCUGUUUGUACCAUAUAUCUUCUACCCAUCUGGCUUCGAAUGGCAGAAAGUUAUGGAAGAUUUUGAUGAUUGGACUAAUUGGCUUAUGUAUAAAGGUGGAGUUGGAGUGAAAGGAGACAAUAGUUGGGAAUCCUGGUGGGAUGAAGAACAGGCACAUAUCCAUACAAUCAAAGGGCGUGUACUUGAAACUAUCUUGUGCUUGAGGUCACAAGAAUUAUCGGAGCGGGGGUUCAUUAGUCUUAAAGAAUUAUGA